AGUGCUUGUUUAGACUUAAUUACAUAUGCAUGUAUAUAUAACGUGAACAUGUUCUCACAUAACCCCUCUUGAAAGAAUUAAGAAAACAAAGAAGAAACUAAAUGGUCGCGCAACGUUAAUCGUUACGAGUGGCACAGGAUUACUAACGGCAACAAGUUGCGACUGGUUCACCGGUUUAGUCGUACGCAAUGCCCAUCAAAUUCAUCGGUCGUACGAACGACUUCUUGGGAAAGCCCUUAUGGGAGAUCCUGGGAAAUUUGAAGAACUACGGUGUCGGUAGAAUUGUGAUAAGGAGUCGUUUUCAACGCUAUCCCGAACCCUCUUACCUGAGAAUACUAAAAGUCGCGGCGUUGCCGCCACCGACAGAGGCUUAUUCGGAUCGCAAGGUGAUGGUGCUGGCCGAGAGAGUGUUUCGUGGCAUGAAGGAUCCGAAACCGAUACAGAUAGACAGCGCGUCUUACAAGGCAGAUUACAUGUUGAUACCGAAGGACAAGGAGCACCUAUACACCGAGUCCAACGCGAAGCUGCCGGAGAAGAGGAUUCUACCCAGGACUACGGACUUCCCACCGUUAUUUGCAGAGCUUAUAAUGCAGCAGAUGAAGGCAAAGGGCGAAGCAGUGGUCGAUAAGCCGCAGAUGACUCUUCAAUAUAACAAGAAAAACAUGAAGAAUUAUAGAGUGGCCGAGGAGGGUGAAACUCCAACGGUAAAACUGAACUUUAGUGUCAGUGAAUCCAGUAACUUAUUCCCAAAACCGGAGGAUCCUACACCUACAUGAGAUGAUGUAUUUAAAGCCGAUGGUUAGUGAACAAAACUGUUUUAUAUGUAAAUUACUCCUGAACAGCAAGGCGCAAUAAAUUAAUUAAGGAGAAU